GGCGGGGCUGCGGGGCGGCAGCGGGCACCGGGGGGCAGCGGGCCGGGAGCGGCUGCGACUGCGAUAGCGGCACCCACAGCGGAACCCACAGCGGCACCCCCGACACGGGACACCAAACACCGACACCCCACACCGCCAGCAGCGCGGGUCGGGGCAGCACAGACCGGCACCGACCUGACCCGAACCGACCCAGGCCGGCGCACCGGAGAUCGGCACCCGACACCGGCACCCGCGACCGACCCAGGCCGGGCGAGCCGGGACCGGCACCCUCAGCCGACCCUCGCCAGGCCGGGGAAACCGGGACCGGCACCCCGGAGCGACCCCCGCGGGGUUUCGCUUUCCUCGGCCCUUCCCCCGCUCCCUCCCGGCGCUGUCCCCGCCGGGCGAAGGCGGCAGCAGCGGCAGCAGGCGGCUCCGGUGCCCGGGGCUGUGAGGGAAGCGAGCCCGCUCGGAGCCAUGGCCAUCGCGGCCGUGCCCGCGGCCGAGUCCCGGCUCUGCGGCAAUUGCAAAAAGGAUAUUCCUGCAGUUAAUUUCAUCAUCCAUGAAAUCCACUGUAGAAGAAAUAUYGAAAUCUGCCCCUACUGCAGCGACUCCAUCCCAAAGUCUGAGAUGAAGAACCACAUUGAGUCUGAACAUGUGCWGGUCACCUGCAAGUGUAGGAUGAAGAUGGAAAACAGCCUCCUGAAGGACCAYGAGGAAUCCUCGUGCCCGCUGCGCCCCGUGCUGUGCCAGUUCUGUGACAUCCAGCUGGCCUUCAACAAGCUCCAGGAGCACGAGCUCUACUGCGGGGCCAGGACCGAGCCCUGCGGGCGCUGCGGCCGCAACGUCCUGCUCAAGGAGCUCAAGGAGCAUCCCCGGGUCUGUGGGAGAGAGGAGAAAGCAGCAAGGGGGAGCAGGAGAGCGCCGGGAUUCCGGACUGAGGGUGGAGGAGGUGAGCUGGAGAGAUCUGAAAUCCGUCAUUCCUCACUGCCUGAAGACUGGAACGCUGACCUGGAUUAUGUGUUGGCUCUCAGCCUGCAAAGUGAGAAUAAUCCUCACCAUAAUACUGCAGCUGAGAUUCCCAGGGAUUUCUGGGAAUAYGACUACACCAAAGAGCCUGGACAAUCUGCCCAUCUCAGUGGAACAGACCUGUCCAGAAUCUUCUCCUGUGACUCUCCAGGGUCCUUCAGCACAUCAAACCACAGCAAAAUAGACAAGGAGAUGAUCAUGUUGCCCUGUGAGUUCUGUGAGGAGCUGUGCCCUGCUGAAGAUCUGAUCCUUCACCAGACAGGGUGUAACCCAGCAAGUGCCUUUGCCUCGUUCAGUAAGAGAAGUUCUUCUCCAAAUCUGUGGGAAUACCGUGGGGGAUCCAACAGCCACAGGACUGUCCCUUCAUCCCAGCCCCAAGCUGUCCAGGCAGAAGGGAACAUCAUGAUUCCAUGUGAAUUCUGUGGCAUCCAACUGGAAGAGGAGAUUCUCUUUCAUCACCAGCACCACUGUGACCUGCGCCCUGCCAGCCCCACAGGUGACAUUCCAGCUCGGGAGCUGCCGGCUCCGCAGCCCCACGGGCAGAGACGGGAAUCGCCAGAGCCGGCUYGGCGACGGAUCCGGCACCAAGGAGAUGUUUCUCCCUGGCACACRGAAGGCUUUGGGAAGCUGGGGCUGUUCCCUGCUCCACGGAGCGGGCUGAGGACGGAGGUGGCCAAGGCUGGGAAUGCAGCGCUGUCCCCUCCAGGGAGAGCUGGUGACGCUCCGGCCACGCGGGGCAAACCCGGGAAGGGGAACGGCAGCGAGGGGACACCGAGGGACAGAGGUGACUCUGCAGCUGGGACAAUGCCACGAGUGAGAGCUGCUCAGCACUUCCAGGCAGAAACCUUCACUUCCAGCUCCUCCAGAACUUCUCCAGCCCAGCCCAGGUAAUGCCUUUGCCUUCUGGUCCUUCCCACUUCUCAUGGGGCAAAUCUGGAUUCCUUUGGCUGUGCCUGUGGCUGAAAGGGUUUCCAAAGGCUUUCAGAUUCCCCCAGUUGAAUUUGGCUGAUGCUUAUCUGAGUUUCAARCAACAAAUUUAGAUUUUUACCUCAAAACAGAAUGGACAAACUGGUCAGUGGGGUAAAAUACAGGAUAAGGCGUCAUUACCUGUUCAUGGAGGGCUCUGCUCUCACCUGGGCUCCAAACAGGAGCUGGUUCUGCUGCUGAAACAUCUGAGUCAGGGGCAGAGGAGGCACAAGGGUCUUUCCCUUGAUCCUCUCUGUCCCUGCUAUGUUGUCCUGUGUUUAUCCACCCCCUCUGAAUCUGUCCCUGUCCCACAGCUCCAGCACCGCAGGAGGAAGGAGCCUUGGGCUGUCGGACGGGCGUGGAGGCCUCCGGCGCCGCAGCUCCAAGGCAAAAGCCCAGAGCCCAGCGGCUGGACACCCAGAGGAGUGAGCCWGUGCCUGUGGAGAACAAGGAGCACCCGGCCCUGUUCCCAGGCUCUGCCGGACUCGUUGGUCCGAGUGCAAGUAAAUUCCAACCUUCAGUUUCAAUUUUUAGGCAGUGACCGUUUUCUAAAUCUCUAUUUUUGAUCUGCGAGAGCAAAUUCCAGGUUUUUAUGUCUCUGAUUUCCUCGAGCACCACCCCAAGGCACCAAACUGAGUCUCACCUUGGGCCCCACCUGAGUUCUGUGUCCAUGUGGGCUCCUUGUGCUGCUCCAGGAUGGGAUUUGUGCCACCCACAGCUGCCCUGGAAUGUUCAGGCACAGCAGGUGACACCAACAGGGAGCAGGACUGAGGGUUGGGGCUCCAAGGCUUCUCAGUGCUGCAUUUUCAAUUAAAAAGCUUUUAAAGUUUCUUGGAAUAAAAUGUAUCUGAUGUUGUCCCAAAUGAUUGUGCGGUGCCAUCAAUCCCAUGAGGUGACAUGGGACCACAGCCCCUGGCUGAGGAUGUGUUCCAACCCACCUUGUGAAGGCCAGCAAAUCCAUUCCUGCCGUUAUUCCCUGCCCUGGGUCCGUGGCACUGCUGGAAUCCCUGGGACUGGGGGAAGUGGAGCAGGUCCUGGAAAACACCCUUGGCCAUCAGCCUAAUUAGGGAGGUGCAGCAGAUGGCMCUGGCAGGGCUAAUUAGCCACCCCUGGGGCAGGGUGGUUACUGAGGCCUCAUCUCAGGUGCCAACUCCAUCCCAGYGGAGCAGCCGGAGCCCAACGAUGGCUGGAAGGAUCUUCCUCCUAAAAUAAAGACAUUUUACAGAUGCUCCCACC